AGGAGCCCAGCGACGACGGCGCGCUGAUGGUGCGGGCGCUGGUGCAGAGUGUUCAGGAGAAGAUCACAGAGCUGUUGCCGAAGCAAGCGAUGGACAAUCCGCCCUUCAGGAACCGGCGGCUGCCCUUCCCCCCCAACGCGGCACUCCUGGCAAGCGUGGUGGGUGCCACCUUGAUGCCGUUGACCGUCGAGGAGCGCCAGCAGAUCCUGGAGGCCCCGGACCUGGAGAAGCGGCUCCGCCUGGCGCUGGACUUUCUCCAGCGAGAGACGCAGGCGAAGCGGAUGUCUUCUCAGAUCUCCGAAAGUAUCCAGAGGUCUCGAGAUCAGGAGAUGAAGCUGGCCACCCUGCAGCGUCAGGCGCAGGAGAUCCAGCAACAGCUUCAGCGGCUGCAGCAGAAGAAGGACAAACACUCCGACAGCGAAGAAGGCUCCGAAGAUGAGGACGAGGUGGCCCGCCUCAGCGAGAGGCUCGCCAAGGCUCAGUUGCCGGAGGAGGCGGAGAAGCUGGCCAAGAAGGAGCUGAAGCGCUUGAAGAGCCUUCAAGCGCACCACCCGGAGUACUCCUCCGUACACAGCUACUUGGAGCUCUUGGCCGGCCUUCCAUGGCAGACCUGCACCGAGGACAACUUCGACCUGCAGGAGGCCCGCAGGGUGCUGGACGACGACCACCGCGGCCUCGAGAAGGUCAAGGUGCGGAUCUUGGAGUUCCUGGCGGUCCAGAAGAUGCGAGGUAAGCCAACGGAUGCGCCCGAAGGCAGGAUCGCCAUGGAUAUCCGCGCCAAGUGGCUCCAAGAGGUCUCUGCGGGCACGAGGCCGCCGGGCCUCAUUUUCGGGCCCAGGCAGCAGGUGGCCAAAGCCCUGCGAGAGCUGGAGGCCCAUGGCUUCGGCAGGAGUCGGCCCGUGAUGGACAUGGGCUGCGCCUACCACGACUUCUCCCAAGGCUUGCUGCGCGUGUCCUUGGAUCUACAGCAGUUCCCAGAGGUGCUUGCCUUGAUCGAGGAGUCCAUGAAGAGUAUGUGCCGCCCGCACCCGGGCCCAGAAGGCCUCAAUGUCAUCGCCCGACACUACGAGGGGACGGCUGAGAAGGACCGCCUGGCCUUUCAUGCUGACAACUUUGUGGUGGGACCGUGGGUGUUCGGAUGCAUCCUCAGACAGGAGGGGAGCCCUGAGAUGGCGCUGCACUUCCGCGAGCUAAUUGGUGAGGGCAGCUUCCGGAUGAAGGAGCAGCCGGGCCACUUGUACCUUCAGACCGGGGAGGCCAGGGAAUUCUGGAGCCAUGGCAUCCCAGACGGCGGCACAGGCUUGCGCCAGUCCUUGACCUGGCGCUGGCUGCGGCCCAGCUUCCUGAGGUGGUGCUCGUUGGAGCAGGGCCACCGAAAGCAGCAGGCCUUGUGGCUCCAGCGCUUCGUGUCCGCUAGCCGCCAAGCAAAGGUGGAGCAGGAGGCCGGGCGCAACGGUUUCGGCGCCGAAAGAGGUUCCUUCAAGAGCCGCAUCUAUCAAGGACGACUCCUGGCGAAGGCAUGUCCAACAUGGUCUUCCAGCAAUCACUUGCGGCUGAAGGGCGGUGAUGUGGCGGUGGCCAAGUUUCAUCCAACGCAACGAGCGGGCUAUGACUCUUUUCCGGCACCUGCAAGUUUGAAGCUGCUGACUGAACUGGGCUACGAGGUGGGCGACUUCUGCGACUUGGCUGCCGGACUGGUGCACACUGCGCAACGGGGCAGAGCCCGGCAGUCGACUACUCUCACCUCGCACGUGUCCAACGGCGACAAGAAGAGCCGCGUCCGGGAGGCUUCCGGAGAAUCUGCGGCGCCAGCUGGAGAGGAGCUGCUUCCGUGGCGGUUCUCCGGGGCUUGGGAUUGGGCGGAGCAGAGCUUCGAGGAACCCAAGGCCACCGGCUUCCCCCGCCCGCCAUCCGGCUCGACCGCCUGCCGCAAAAUCUUCUUGAGCUCAGCAAAGAUCGGGGCCAUGGCGCCAGGUUUGCAGAGGUCUUCUUCCAGGGAAGAGCUCGAAGAUGCCUCUCCCAAGGGGCCGCAGAACGCGGUGGCAGACGCAGUGCUGUACCCUCAGCGGCAGAUGACCACCUCCCAGUUGGAGGCUGCCCUCGCGGAGCAGCAGCGUGAGCUGCACAUGCUGGUGGCCCACCACUAUGAGACUGCCCGACAGAUGCUUGUGACCAGGGACCAGAUGGCCAUGGCCUGCCAGAUCGAGAACCAGGAGCUGCGGGCGCAGAUCGGGGAGCUGCGGAAGCAGACCAACACUUCGGCGCGGAGGCAUCGGGAGCAGCAGCUGCUGGCGCGGCAGCACGUGCAGGCGAACAAGGUGCUCUUGAAGCGCGACUUGGAGGCACGGUCCACGGAGGCGGAGAACGCGGAGCUGAGGGCGAGGUUGGCGCGGAUGAAGAACAGGUCGGACGACGAAGCCACGGAGCAGUGUGAGUCUGAGGAUGGCUCGCCCAUGUCCAAGAUGACAGCCGCCCGCACAGCCAAGUCCAGCGAGAGGAUGCCCGACUUUGCGGUGCAGCAGUCCCCACCCCGGCCCUCCUCCUCGCACUCCAAGGGCGUCAAUGCGCCCUCCGCCACAGGUGUCAACUUGUUGAUGCAGCUGAAGCUGCCGGGCCAAGUCUACGACGAAGGCAACUUCUUUCCUCAGGAGGAGUCCUCGGAUGAUGGCGACGUUGACCUGCCCGCCUGGGACGAAGAGCUUGAGAAGCGGCCCAAGCGCGCCAUAGCAGUGAUGGACAUGAAGGAGCGCAUGCGGCAGAUGUUCAAAGCCGGUCAGGUGAAGCCUACCGUCUACUACAAGGAAGGUGGGUGGUGCAGCAGGAUCGCUGGGCACAACAACUUUGAGACCGUCGUCUAUGGCUUCAUUGUGGCCAAUGUCAUUUGGCUCGGCAUUGAUGCUGUGGUCAACCAAGAGGAUCUUCUGGUCAAUGCAGAGGCCUAUGUCAUCGCGAUUGAGAACGUUUUCUGCGUCUUCUUCACCGGCGAGCUGUUGAUCCGACUAGGUGCAUAUCGGACCCUUUGGGAUGCUGUCAAGGACCCCUGGAUGGGUAUAGACGCCUUGCUGGUGCUGGGAAUGCUCCUGGAGACCUGGAUCUUCUAUGUGAUCCUCCACUUUGCAGACGUGGACUUCAGCCUCGUUGACCAAUCCAGUCUUAGGCUUCUCAGGGUCCUGCGGGUGUCGCGGGUGGCGCGCAUCGUCCGCAUCUUGCGGGCUCUGCCGGAGCUGCUGAUCCUGGUCAAGGCGCUGGGUGUGGCAACGCGCUCGGUGUUCUUCACUUUCUGUCUACUGGCGCUAGUGAUAUACCUCUUUGCGCUGGCGUGCACCACCAUUGGCAAGGACACGUCUUCGGGCGGCAUGUACUUCGCGAACCUCGGUCAAUCUAUGUUCACCCUUUUCUUCAACGGCAUCUUCGGCUUCGACCUGCCCAAGAUCGCCACCGCCGUCUUCGCUGACAACGUCCCUUUGGGCAUUGUCUUUUGUCUCUACUUGGUCUUCGCGCCCUUGACAAUGAUGAACCUCUUGGUGGCAGUGCUGGUGGAAGUGGUCGGCGUACUUGCCACUGCGGAGCAGGAAAUGGUCAACUCUCAGUACGAGCACGAGCAGAUGGAGUUCGCCUGCCGCCAGCUGGACGAGAACUCGGACGAGAGCAUCUCUAUGGACGAGUUUGCCAAGCUCUUGGACAAGAGGCAGGCCUUGCUGGCCAUGCGCGGCUUGGGCAUCGACGUGCUGGCCAUGAUGGAGACCCCGGAGCUGAUCUUCGGGAAGGCGGGCAAGUUGACCUUCCAAGACUUCAUAGAGAUCAUCUUGGCGCUGCGAGAUACCAACACAGCCACAGUCCGGGACAUCAACAGCCUGGCCCGGCGCAUCAUCGCGGAGAUCCAAGGAACCGUGGGGCAACUGAACUCCAAGAAAGAGAAGAGCCUCGGGUCGAAUGGAAGCAAAGACAAAGACAAGGUGCUGACCAUCAAGUCCUUCCGCAGCACACCAGCCCCGAAGAGGUGACCUCAGCAUGUCGGGGCUUCGGGCGACCGCCAGAACCCGGCGCAUGUUUCAAGUUUUUCCGGCGGGGUCGCCUUGCAGGCUGAGAAGUGAGACUCAACUUGGGG